CUGGAACGCGUUUGGUGGGGGAGACGACACAGCUACGCAGUGUUCGCCCGAUACCCCUAGACUCUUCGUAUUAGCUGUCGCAGGUCUUUGAGCUUUCCAAAAUCCCCUUCGAAUCCUAGAAUCGUUCUACAGCUGCACAAAAUGUCUUUCGGCGGUCAGACACCGACAAUCGUCGUGCUGCGCGAGGGCACCGACCAGUCUCAGGGUCGAGGACAGGUCAUUUCCAACAUUAAUGCCUGUCUUGCAGUACAGGCCACCAUCAAGGGCACAUUAGGCCCCUAUGGCGGUGACCUGCUCAUGGUGGACGCAAAUGGCAGGCAGACAAUCACAAACGAUGGAGCCACGGUCAUGAAGCUCCUCGAUAUCGUCCACCCCGCCGCCCGCAUUCUCACCGACAUUGCACGAUCGCAAGAUGCCGAAGUUGGUGACGGCACAACAUCCGUUGUUGUGAUUGCCGGAGAGAUCUUGAAGGAGAUCAAGGACUUCGUCGAGCAGGGUGUCAGCAGUCAGACCAUCAUGAAGGGUCUGAGGAGAGCAUCGAACCUCGCCGUCAACAAGAUUGUGGAGAUUGCGGUAGACACAGCGGAAGGCAACCAGCGCGACACCCUGCAGAAGCUCGCGGCGACUGCUAUGAGCAGCAAGCUGAUUCACAGGAAUGCCGACUUCUUCACAAAGAUGGUCGUAGACGCCGUUCUCACCCUAGACCAGGAGGAGCUCAACGAGAGACUCAUUGGUGUCAAGAAGAUCACGGGUGGCGCCCUUCAGGACUCGCUCUUCGUUAACGGUGUCGCAUUCAAGAAGACCUUCUCGUACGCCGGAUUCGAGCAGCAACCGAAGUCGUUCAAGAACCCCAAGAUCGUUUGCCUGAACGUCGAGCUCGAGCUCAAGAGCGAGAAGGACAACGCCGAAGUGCGGGUGGAGCAGGUCUCGGAAUACCAGGCUAUCGUGGACGCUGAGUGGCAGAUUAUCUACAACAAGAUGGAGGCAUUGUACAAGACAGGCGCUAAGGUGGUUCUCAGCAAGCUCCCCAUUGGCGAUCUUGCGACACAGUACUUCGCCGACCGCGACAUCUUCUGCGCUGGGCGCGUAGCAGCAGACGACCUCGAUCGCGUAUGCCGCGCGACCGGCGCCAGCGUCCAAUCGACCUGCUCAGACAUCAGCGAGAAGCAUCUCGGAACUUGCGAGAAGUUUGAGGAGCGACAGAUCGGUGGAGAGCGUUUCAACUUCUUCGAGGGCUGCUCCGAGGCGAAGACCUGCACACUCGUCCUCCGUGGAGGUGCUGAGCAGUUCAUUGCUGAGGUCGAGCGCAGUCUGCACGACGCCAUCAUGAUCGUCAAGCGCGCGAUCAAGAACAGGAACAUCGUAGCAGGUGGUGGUGCUGUUGAGAUGGAGAUCUCAUCUUACCUUCACAACUACGCCGACACAAAGAUUCCCCACAAGCAGCAGCCGAUCAUCAAGGCAUUCGCAAAGGCAUUGGAGGUCAUUCCCAGGCAGUUGUGCGACAACGCUGGUGUCGACGCUACAGACAUCCUCAACAGGCUGCGCGUCGAGCACAGGAAGGGCAAUACUUGGGCCGGUGUCGACUUCAAGACAGAGAGCGUCGCAAACAACUUGGAGCAGUUCGUCUGGGAGCCCAGCCUAGUGAAGAUCAACGCGUUGCAAGCCGCCACAGAAGCUGCUUGUCUGAUCCUGAGCGUUGACGAGACAAUCAAGAAUCAGGAGUCGCAGCAAGGACAGGCUCCACAACAGCAGCUGCCUCCCGGCGCCGCCCAGAGGGCACUCGGAAUGGGAGGACGCGGUCGCGGCCGUGGCAUGCCCAGGCGGUAGAGCAGCCGAGGUGAAUAGGACGUUGGAGUGUACAUCACCAUAAAGACACAUCGAUGCCUCACUGGCGCCGAGAUAAGAUGUCUAUGAUAAUGCGAAAAAGCUCUCAUGACACCA